AAGUGUUUCGAAUCAGGCCCUCGGUCGGGAUCACAGCUAAGCGGUUUACCAACCGUGGACCUGGGCAGGAUCCCAUACAUGUGAGGGGUGGAGACGGCCGCAAGCAGGAGGCCAGAACCAGAAGGAAACGGAAUUUGAAUGGGGGUGGGGAGUUAGGACCAGUCCCCCCGCGGCAACUGGGCCUCCCGCUCGCCGCACGCAGCCCUCCCAGCUCCCCGGCCCGCCCUCGCUCCCGCCCGGCCCAGCGGCCGGAGGAGUGGCGGCCUCCCGCUCCCGCCCGCGGGAUCUCAGAGUCACCGCCCCCGGCGCCGGGCUGCAGCCGCCACGCCUCGGGAGAGGACCGACUGCCUAGACCGCCGGUCCCGGGGCUCCCUAGGCCACGCCGAUCACGGGGAGGCCCCAGACUGCCUCCCAGAGCAAAGUGGGGAAAGGAGCUUAGCCCGCCGCUGCCGCCUCCGAGCAGCCCGCCAGGACUCCGGCUGCUAGAGAUGGGCGCCCGGCUCUCGCGGCGACGGCUGCCGGCGGACCCGUCCCUGGCCCUGGACGCGCUGCCCCCGGAGCUGCUGGUGCAGGUUCUAAGCCACGUGCCUCCACGCGCCUUGGUCACGCGAUGCCGCCCAGUGUGCCGCGCCUGGCGCGACAUAGUGGACGGGCCCACCGUGUGGCUGCUGCAGCUGGCCCGCGACCGCAGCGCCGAAGGCCGCGCACUCUAUGCAGUGGCCCAACGCUGCCUGCCCAGCAACGAAGACAAGGAGGAGUUCCCGCUGUGUGCCCUGGCGCGCUACUGUCUGCGCGCGCCCUUCCGCCGCAACCUCAUCUUCAAUUCCUGCGGAGAGCAGGGCUUCAGAGGCUGGGAGGUGGAGCACGGCGGGAAUGGCUGGGCCAUAGAAAAGAACCUAACACCAGUACCUGGAGCUCCUUCGCAGACCUGUUUCGUGACCUCUUUCGAAUGGUGCUCCAAGAGGCAGCUUGUGGACCUGGUGAUGGAAGGUGUGUGGCAGGAGCUACUGGACAGCGCCCAGAUUGAGAUCUGUGUGGCUGACUGGUGGGGUGCUCGAGAGAACUGCGGCUGCGUCUACCAGCUCCGGGUCCGCCUUCUGGACGUGUAUGAAAAGGAAGUGGUCAAGUUCUCAGCCUCCCCUGACCCGGUCCUUCAGUGGACUGAGAGGGGCUGCCGACAGGUCUCCCACGUCUUCACCAACUUUGGCAAGGGCAUCCGCUACGUAUCUUUUGAGCAGUACGGGAGAGACGUGAGUUCCUGGGUGGGGCACUACGGUGCCCUUGUGACCCACUCCAGCGUGAGGGUCAGGAUCCGUCUGUCCUAGCGACUGGACUACCGCCUGACGUCGUCAGUCAAGACCAGCCUUGCAGCCAGGUGCGGUGGCUCACACCUGUGGAAUCCCAGCACUUCAAGAGGCCAAGGUGGGAGGAUCACUGGAGCUCAGGAGUUCAAGACCAGCCUGGGCAACAUACUGAGACCCUGUCUCCACAAAUAAUUUUUACAAAAUUCGCCAGGCAUGGUGGUGCCGCCUGUAGUCCCAGCUACUCGGGAGGCUUGGGUGGGAGGAUUGCCUGAGUCCAGGAGGUUGAGGCUACAGUGAGCCGUGAUUUCACCACUGCACUCCAGCCUGGGCAAGAAAGCAAGACCCUGUAUCAAAGAAAAAAAAAAAAAAAAAGACAAGCCUUGCAGCCAGAAGCCAGAGGAUACCCAGGGACAGUAGGGGGGUCCCAUGUGGCUGGUUCUCAGUACACCUUCCAUGAACCUGCUUGCUGCUGCUUCAGCGUGGUGGCCAACAUGCUGUGUGACAAACUAGGCUGUUCACAGCUUUCUCAGCCCCCUAGAAGGGGGGUGUCAGGAAAGAGACAUUUAGUUCAUUUGCCUGCAAACUGUCUUCUCCUGCAAGGAUCUCAGUAGACUCAGUCACAAAACAAAGGCUAACCCAGGAUUUGUACCGGGGGAAGGCCGCCGACGCAGGAGGCCGAGACUUGCCGGCAUGUUUUGGGGGUAAUGGUGACUGGCAGGCAGCAGAGGUCCGCUGAGGCAGUCAGUCUGUCCUUGAGACCAACAGGAUCAUCUGCUGUUUGGGAAUCUCUGGUGUUGGGAACAGGCUCCCAGAUCUGGCCAUAAACUGGCCCCAAAACUGGCCAUAAACAAAAUCUCUGCAGCACUGUGACAGGUUCGUGAUGGCCAUGACCCCAACGCUGAAAGUUGUGGGUUUACCGGAAUGAGGGCAAGGAACACCUGGCCCACCCAGGGCGGAAAACCGCUUAAAGGGGUUCUUGAACCACAAACAAUAGCAUGAGCGAUCUGUGCCUUAAGGACAUGCUCCUGCUGCAGAUAACUAACCACAGCCCAUCCCUUUAUUUCCUGUAAGAAAUGCUUUUAGUUACUCUAUAAUCUAUAGAAACAAUGCUUAUCACUGGCUUGCUGUUAAUAAAUAAUGUGGGUAAAUCUCUGUUCGAGGCUCUCAGCUCUGAAAGCUGUGUGACCCCUGAUUUCCCACUCCACACCCUA